AUGGCGGACGAGGAUUACAACACCUCCAUCAUCUAUGACUCCGAGUACCCUGAUGAUUUUGACUCCAUCGUGGUCUUAGAGGAGGUAUCUCCCCUCCUGGAAGCUAGGGUGGCCAGGAUCUUCCUGGUCGUAGUGUACAGCAUUGUCUGCUUCCUCGGGAUCCUGGGCAAUGGCCUGGUCAUCGUCAUUGCCACCUUCAAGAUGAAGAAGACCGUGAACACUGUCUGGUUCCUCAACUUGGCUGUGGCAGACUUCCUGUUCAAUGUCUUCCUGCCACUCCACAUUGCCUACGCCGCCAUGGACUACCACUGGGUUUUUGGCACUGCCAUGUGUAAGAUCAGCAACUUCCUGCUUAUUCACAACAUGUACACCAGCGUCUUCCUGCUGACCGUCAUCAGCUUUGACCGCUGUGUCUCCGUGCUCCUCCCUGUCUGGUCUCAGAACCACCGUGGUGUCAGGCUAGCCUACAUGGCAUGCAUGGUCAUCUGGGUCUUAGCUUUCUUCUUGAGUUCCCCAUCCCUCGUCUUCCGGGACACAGCCAACCAGCAUGGGAAAAUAUCUUGCUUCAACAAUUUUAGCCUGUCGGUGGCCCGCUCUUCCCCACAGUCUGCUCAAGCCCAGCUGGACACUGUGGGGUACACUCGGCACAUGGUAGUGACCGUCACCCGCUUCCUCUGUGGCUUCUUGGUCCCCGUCCUCAUCAUCACAGCCUGUUACCUCACCAUUGUCUGCAAGCUGCGGCGCAAUCGCCUGGCCAAGACCAAGAAGCCCUUCAAGAUCAUCAUCACCAUCAUCGUUACCUUCUUCCUCUGCUGGUGCCCCUACCACACGCUCUAUCUCCUGGAGCUCCACCACACUGCCAUGCCUGGCUCCAUCUUCAGCCUGGGUUUGCCCCUGGCCACUGCCAUCGCCAUCGCCAACAGCUGCAUGAACCCCAUUCUGUACGUCUUCAUGGGCCAGGACUUCAAGAAGUUCAAGGUGGCCCUCUUCUCUCGCCUGGUCAAUGCUCUGAGUGAAGAUACAGGCCACUCCUCCUACCCCAGCCACAGGAGCUUUACCAGGAUGUCAUCGAUGAAUGAGAGGAACUCCGUGCAUGAGCGGGAGACCAGUAUGCUUUGAGCCUCACCUAGGAAACCCUCAAUGGACACUGCCAACCCAAGAAACUCAAAAGUAGGCCUUCUGAAGACCAAGGCAGGAACCGCCUCAGCACCCACCAGGGCCCGCUGUAUUUUGAAUGGGCAUGGACAGUGUUUUAAGCUGGAAACCCAGAGCUUGGAUACCCCUUCUCC